CAGAGUUUCUGAAAGCCAACUAAAAUCUCACCUCAAACACACGCACUUUGCCGAAGAAAUCGAAAGUCGAAGGCAAAAACCACUCAUUUUUUGGGUUUGUCUUGCAAUUAUGAUAAUUGUGCAACUCUUUUAGAGUGUCUCUCACACAUCGAUCUCGUCAAAGAGAUCACCUUUGAUAGACAUCUUUGGCAAAUAGGCAUUUUUUCCUAUAAUAAUCAUAAAACUUCUUGGCUUCUUAGGACUCGAAGUGUGAUAUAAAAAGAGAUACAAGAAGAAAUAUAUGGGGAAAAAGACGUGCCGACCGAAAUAAAAAACUUUCACUUUUCGUUGCUGAGGCGCGCUCGGAGGUAAAUUUCUUCAGUGUGCAUUCGGUAGUCGUUCCGUGAGUUACGUGGAAUUUUUCAGUGGUUUACCUCAGUGUGAAGAGCCUCUCUUUGGGGUUGAGGAACUGAAAAUGGCCAAAAUUUUGGGGAUUUUUCUAAUGGUUCUCUUUGGAAUCUUUCUCAUGGUGAAUUUCAUUGAGGCCACUGCCCAACCGAAAGCCCCAAAUUUUCAGUAUUUUGAAAGGCCACGCUAUCGCUAUCCGUACUACGAUGAGAACGGCCGCGGAAAGCUGCUCUAUGGCUACGGAGGCGCUGAAUUGUACCAGUACAAGAGCUACACGCCACUCGAUGGCAUUCACUAA